AUGUCCACAUACCAGAGAAACCGGGAUACUUUCGCAAGCAACGUCUGUACCACCGAGAAAAAAAUAAGCAUUGAGCAGUGGAUCGAAGAUACUACAAAAAGGAUUGAGGGGCCCACGAUUGCUCUAGGGUUGGCCAUGCCCGAGAAACACCUAGGCAGCUUGGAACAGCAGCCUGGUACGGAGGGGCUAUCGGAGAGAGUGGAUAUGCUCGUGAAAAGGAUCACAAAUUUGAAAGAGGUAGUCCACAGGCAGGAGGAAAAGCUCAAGAAAUCUGAAGUACAGGAGAAAAUACUUGAAGAAAAGAUUGCUAGCUUGCAAGAGCAGCUCAGCAUGCAGGACUCCUGUCAAUACAACAGCUUUAAAGACAGGCUCGCUAUGCACGAAAGACUACUCAAGGUUGCCGACCAACAAAUAAGCACACAGCAAGAGCUCAUAAAACAUUUGCUUGAAGCACAAGUCUCAACUUCACAACAACUUGCCCUUGUUACACGAAAGCUUUCGCAACAAGCUGAACGAGGUGCCCAGCAGCCACAAGUGAGAGAACCCAAGGGACAGCACUCUAAUACGGAUGGAGUCAACAAAAGUACAGAUGCUUCUGAUUAUGUCCUUGUCUCAGAAGGUGAAACAAUUAGCUGA